UUCUGUGACUUCAGUUAACUACUGACGUUUCAUCAAAACAGACUGAAAGAAAAUUUAAUGUGUCGUGCUCUGAAAGAGUUACAGACAGCGAAGACAAUCAGUUAACUAGUGAGUUUUCAUCAAAACAGACUAAAAAGAAAUUUAACGUCCCAGUAUAAAACAAUUAUGGAUAGCAAAAGCAGUCAGACAAUUGGGUUAAAACUAUACGAUACUUUACUCUUUCUAUCAGAGAUAUUACUGCUUGUUUUGAAAAUUGUAUAUUACAUUUGUGAGGCUGUAUACAGAUUAAUUGUUCCACCGAAGAAGAAAAACGUAGUUGGUGAAAUUGUAUUGAUAACAGGUGCAGGUCAUGGGAUCGGAAAAGAAUUAGCGAUCGGCUAUGCUUUAUUAGGGGCAACAGUCGUAUGUUGGGAUAUCAAUGAAGAAACCAACAACCAGACGGUGAACAAUAUUAAAAAGAUGGGAAUAGAUUCUGUACAUGCGUAUCGAUGUAAUGUAGCAGAUAGGGAAGAAGUUUUCAGGGUAGCGGAGAAAGUAAAAAGAGAAGUGGGUGACGUUACUGUCUUGGUCAACAACGCCGGUAUAGCGUUUGUUAAAUCAUUCCAAAAUCAUAGCCUAGAUGAAAUUGCACGAGUCAUAGACGUUAAUGUGACAGCGCAGUACUGGACAUUGAAAGCAUUCUUACCAAGUAUGAUAAAAAAAAAUCAUGGUCAUGUUGUGGCACUCUCAUCAAUGAAUCCAAAAAUUAGAUUUCCAUGGUUAAUGGGAGAACUUUCACCGCAGGAAGUAGCUUCGUCAAUAAUUGACGCGCAAAGACGAAAUUAUGAAAAUCAAAGUAUACCCUCAUAUUGGCUGUUUAUUUCUAAAAUAUUAAGACAUUUACCUAAUGCAGCAAUAAAGUGCAUGAAAGAUUUCAUCAAAUAUGGUGUCUAUCCAGAUGAUUAAAAAGUGAUACAUUCGAAAUUUAUAAAUUGCCCGUAAAAUUUUACGAUGUAGUUUAUUAUUAUAUUAAAAAGCAUAGCCAUUUU